AUGGAGUCUGCGAAGCAUUCUGCGCAACAGGCAAUCCGGCUACAACUACCGCCACAUCCAAUGUUCCGGAAUCCCAUCCUAGGGACGGAACAGCUUCAACAGUCACUCAUGAAGCCUCCUCAAGUUGGUAUGUCGAAGUUGCGCUCAUUGCUUCCCAUCAUUCUUUCACUCAAACCAAGUUGGGCUGGACAACUAUGGAAGGCACCUCGAAAUAGAACUUCAAGCCUUCGUCCACUAAACUCCGAUAGGUUCUCCUCCCACUGGAGAUGGGUGGUGAUGAUAAUCGCACUAGCGGUUGGGUUCACCUUUUUUGCUCUUCUCUUGAUUUAUUUAAAGCGUCGGCACAAGCGUAAGCGAGCAAAUCAACCACAUUUCCCUUCAGCCCUACCUGCUGUGAUCCUCGGAGAUGGCAGUCGGAGCGCCCGUGAACCAACUUCGAGAAAUCUAGUCGCAGCAGCUCUGGCAGACGAUAAAUGGGGUCCACAGCAACAUCUUGCCCAUACACGCGCCCAAGGCCCUGGAAAUGCUGGCUCCACUCCCAAUAUAUCGAACAGAGCAGAAUCCGGACAAUUUACCCGUGCGCCGCAACGGGAACACGCUUAA